AUGAGUCUUUAUCCGUCUCAUUCAAGGACUAGACUCGUACCACACCCUACUAAUGUUUUCAUGAUGAUGAUGGAAACUCAAAUGGGUAAUUGUUCAAGUGAAACACAUUUGUUUCAGGCCGAAGUAUCUAAACUCCACCCUGCCUCAGGAUCGUGGUUCGAACCAGGGGCCAACAAAUUGGAUGACAAAAGCACCCUGAGCCAAUGA